AUGCAGAAGUCCACAAUGCCAACGCCCCCGAGCUUCAAGAGGGACAUUUUGAAUACAAAUGGAGGACAAUAUUAUGCUGCUGACGGCUUUCCCACUAUCUCCGAAACGGUACCAAACAGCCCGGGUAGGGUUGGUGGUACUGAAAGCUUGUCUCAGCGUCGGAAUCAUGUGGCUCUGUCUCCAAUUAAUACAUUUGCGCAGGUGCAACAGUCCCAGAUCCAUCACUCCAAGCGAGAGCCGUUUUCUGGCUCAGAUUUCUUGCCUGAGGGACAGUCUUCAGGGAGAACGCUGUCUGGAAAUGGUGACGGUCCCGGACCUGGGAGUAAUGGUUACAUAGCUUCCGAGAAGACAGAGUAUACAACAUAUACAACUGAUCUUGAAACCCCGGGGCAACAGGUCAACAAAGCUAUUCUCGACAUGUAUAAAUCCUGGUCAAAUAUUUCAGGACCGGACUCCCGGCCAGAAUACCCAAAAAGACACCAGAGCCUCAUGAAAAGACCCAAACGAUCUCAGAGUACAUGUGCAGCUCCAGAUUUGUGCAGGGCCCCAUCGCCAGCCCCGGUUGAGGUCAUCACAGGAGUGAGUCGACAUGAGGUUCCACAUAAUUCCAACGGAAUGAUCGAGCCCAGUCCACAGUUCUCGCCACUUCCUCUUCACUUUCAAGGACAGAGCUCUUCUUCGACGAGGAGAGGUGAGAAGAUCAUGAUUGGUCAAAAUGGGUGGCUGGAGUGCACAAGCAAAGUCGAUGACGAUGAGAAGAAGCCGCAAGUAAAGAGACUAGGCCUUUUUCUGAACAGCAUCAAGAAAAUCGCAAAGGACGUGGUACGUAUAGCAAGAAAAGGUGUGUGCAUAACGGCAUGGAUCAACUGA